AGCACCCGCAGUCGCAGUACGUCGCAGUCAGUCGCAGAGGUAACAGGAGCGAGAGGGUAGUUGCACGCGCCUGCCUUCGAAAGGAAAGAUCGCGGUGAGGGAGAGACAGCGAGUGAGGGAGAAAGAGAGAGAGAGAGUGACAGAGAGAGAAAGACGGAUAGAACGCGAGGCGAAGAGAGAAAGAAGGAACGAAAGAGAGAGCGCGGCGCCCCUUGCCUCCGUUUUCAGUGCUUCAGUCGCGCGACGACGCUCUCGGACGCUUUAGUCAGUCGGCCGGUGACGAGGCUCCCACAACGUGAUACACGCGCCGUUACGUUACGUUAGGUUACGUCGUUCAGUCGAAGGCGAGAACGAGAGAGAGAGAGAGCGAACGAGAGACACACAGGAUUGAUACACGGAGGAAAAGACGAACGAACGAAUUCUUAUUCUAUAUAUAUAUAUACUUAUAUAUGUAUACAAGCAUAUAAAUAUAUGUAUAUAUAUAUACCAGUUAAUCUACAGAAAUACGCGAGGAAAGGAAAACACGAGUAUCGGCAGACGACGAGUUUGACGGUUGCUAGUCGCGCGUUCUCGAAACACGAAUAUCAUUUACGAACUGCUACGACCAGUGCGAAUAUCGAGAAGGCCAUUUUCGUGGCUGGCAUUACCACGCGGUGAAAGAAAGCGCGCGCGCGAGUGUGAGAGAACGAUCGACGGGAAGAGGACGUGCGAUCGUGGACGAGACACGAGAUUACGAGCGGGUAGCCCACACGUUUCCAGUGUGCGAGCAACACUCACGCCGUGCGGCUGAGUAUCGUGCGCCGCGCCGCACCGAGUAGGAGGGACCCCGGACGAAAAAAGGAGCAACACAGAUAAAAAACGAUCACCGGCGAGUCGACGAUUUUAUUUUUGUACGGUGCAUCGUUGGUUUUUCUCUUUUCCCUGCUGCACGUUUCUCCACGGUAACGGCCACGGGUCUCGCGUGACAAACCACGCCACUCUAGUCCUUCGUCCUUAAAUAAUCGUGUCUGUGUGUGUGCGGUGUACAGCCCAGCGCGCGCCCUCGCGUGUGUGUUUUACAUUGUUGUAGCCGAUCGUUUCGAGAAAGCAGAGACUUUGUAUUAUCGUGGAUAUAAACGCCCUUCGAUCGUACGAAAAAGCGACCGAAGGUAACACCGAUCGACGACGCACGGAUUGCAAAGAGAUCCAGCUAAGCUACGGACCGGAGGAGAGAUCCAGUGCGAGGAUCGGUGAAUUACCCGAGAUAUAUACUGUGGUUAGGAAUAUCCUGUGCGAACACGAACGUCAUACACACACACGUUAUCAUUGACAUUGCCGGUGCGACAGAUACGCGAGAACUUUGAAUCGAACAGCAUAAUGCCGACCAGUUUGUUCAGCGAAAUGGAUCGCGGCGCCAAUGGCGGUGCUGCCGCUUCCCUCGAGGACCAACGGGCCUUGCAAUUGGCAUUGGAAUUAUCUAUGCUCGGUCUCGAGGGUACUACCGGAUGCCCGGGCACCGGCACAGGAACCGGCACCGGAACAGCCAACGACCCGGACCCUCUGCAAACGACACCGGCUGGCGUUUUCGAGGAGGCACGUUCGAAGAAGAGCCAGAACAUGACCGAGUGCGUGCCGGUGCCUAGCAGCGAGCACGUGGCGGAGAUCGUCGGCCGACAAGGUUGCAAAAUCAAGGCGCUGCGAGCGAAGACGAACACGUACAUCAAGACGCCCGUACGCGGCGAGGAGCCGGUGUUCGUGGUGACCGGUCGCAAGGAGGACGUGGCCCGAGCGAAGCGCGAGAUCCUCUCGGCGGCAGAGCACUUCUCUCAGAUCCGCGCGUCGCGCAAGAGCUCGUUGGGCGCGCUGCUGGGCGCGCCUCCUGGACCGCCGGCGUCGGUUCCCGGCCACGUGACGAUUCAGGUACGAGUCCCGUACAGAGUGGUCGGUCUGGUGGUAGGGCCGAAGGGCGCGACCAUCAAGAGAAUCCAGCACCAGACGCACACCUACAUAGUGACGCCGAGUCGCGACAAGGAGCCGGUGUUCGAGGUGACGGGUCUACCGGAGAGCGUCGAGGCGGCGAGACGCGAGAUAGAGGCACACAUCGCGCUGAGGACCGGCACAGGACCAAGCCUGGACGACUCGGAGCUGCUGAGCGCGCUGUGCCGCAGCGGCCUGGGCUCGAUCCUCGGCUGCCUGGACCCACCAGGCUCGAACGGCUCGAACGGAUCCAGCGGAGCGUUCUCCAGCAGCGGCAGUUGCAGCAGCUCGUCCAGUAGUUCCGGUGCACCUGGACUGAACGAGCUGGUGGCGAUUUGGGGCGCCGGAAUGGAGAGGGACGAGGGUCUGGGGGAGUCGCCGUCGUUCGAAUCACAGGCAGCGUCCGCCUCCUCGAUCUGGUCGUUCCCCGGCGUCGCGCUACCCUCGAGGCCGUCGCGGCCGGCGUCGGCGAGUCCAGUCUCACCCACGGAUUCGCUGUUGGGCGGCGGUCGACGGGAAUGCGUGGUGUGCGGCGACAAGGAGGUCACCGCGGCUCUCGUACCAUGCGGGCACAAUCACUUCUGCCUGGACUGCGGUAACCGGGUCUGCGAGAGCCCCGAUCCCAGCUGCCCCGUCUGCUCCAGGCCGGUCUUGCAGGCGCUCCGCAUCUUCUCUUAAGCGUCGCGCGGGCCGGAUCGACAGACAGACGGGAGAGAGAUCUCUGCAGGCUCUUUUUGCGUCGCGCGGCACCUGGUACACACAGCGGCUAAAUACCAAUUCUCACCAUUGAUAUUCCCGGUACUUUGACUUUGCCGGCUCAUCCAGGAACGACGGCGCUGAAGAACGCCCACCCCGAAUUUUCCGUAUAUAGGCUCGAGCCCCCGUUCCGUUACGACCGCGGCGAGCGUAUUUAAACCGCGGCCACGUUCCGGGGGACCGGACGCGCACAAUGUCUCAAUUCCACUGCUGCCAAUACAACAAAAAAAAAAGAAGGAAAGAAAAGAAAAGAAAAAAAAGUAAUGACGAUGUGUGAACAAGUAAUAUUGAAAAUAACGCUCUUCUACGCGCCGGGAAUGCCCCGAUGGUCCUCGUCGCGUCGUUCCCGCCGACCGGAUACAACGAAGUCAGCUUUUAAGUUCUACGAGAUAUAUAGAACGAGAGGGAGGAAACAUACUCGCUCAUUCAUUGUCAUCGUUUUUUAUAUUUUUCGCCCACCUCCCUCCCAUGCCGUAGAGAGAGAGAGAGAGAGAGAGAGAGAGAGAGAGAGAGAGUGAGAGAGAGAAAGAGAGAGAGAGAUAGACAUACCGGGCUCGCAGGUCCCUCGAUCAUUCGAAUCGGUUCGGAGCGUUACGCGCGUUCCGCGAUCGAGAGCGAACAGGAUUGAAACAUCGGCUGCUGUUCACAGUGCGUUAACGAUCGUCAACGGUAAUAAUAAUAAUCGAUCGGACGGCGAGAGAAGGAUAUUCAGCGUUCGGCUUUGUCGUUUACGGUUGCCAUCGAACUGCCGCGAAAAAAUUUUGACACGACGGAUCGUUUGAUAGAGACACGUGGCAGAGAGUGACUGCUCAUCGAUCGAGACGCCCACGAUAUCGCGGCGUCGAGUUAGCGUUCCGCAAUUGAAUGACCGUUCAACCAGCGUUCUAUUGAUUGCAACAUUGUUUCGUAACAUUCCAUUCGCCGGUUGCAUUCAGCGUAUAUUUUCGUAUGUUUUUAGAUGUGUUCCUUUUCGAGUCGAAGGCAGCCCGGAAAAAGCGGAACGCGCGCACGAAUUCGUAACAAACGUCGCCGAGACAUCUCUCGUCGACGGUGCAUCGUUUAGCGGGGACGUGUUAGUUUUAUACGAUUGACAAUCCGACGAGAUUCGGUCCGUAACAUUUCUUCUUCACCGUUCUUCUCGUUCGCGGUCCUUCUCUCGCGGUUCUUCCGCGUCGACGACCGUGUUCCGCGAGCACGCGACCCUGCGACUUUCAUUACCCAGAGAGAGAGAGAGAGAGAGAGAGAGAGAGAGAGAGAGAGGGAGAGAGAGAGAGAGAGUAAUUCCGUACGACAUUACGAAACACUGUAUAUCAAUGGUGCUUAGGAACACUGGGAAAGAACAUUUUUACGAGCUCUAUAUAUAUUUUUAUUUAGAAAAAGAAAAAAGAAAACAAAACGUACCUAUUUAAUCGCGACACGUUCCACAUUUAUCGCGGCUGAACGAUCAAUGAAACUCGCAGAGUUCGGUGCUCGUGUGCCGGAGGAGCCGGCAAGUUCGUUCGCUCCCUCGAUCGUUACGCUCCACGAGGUCACCGCGGCCACGUGACCGAACGCAUCCAAGAUGGCGGCGCGCGAACAGCUGAUCGUCUCCGAUCCUAGAAACGGGUACGGCGACGUACCGAACGCGCCGCGAACGAAGAUCCGCGGGACCACAUGUUCUUCCUUCUCGUAACGAAAUAAACAUUGCGAAACGCAGAGAAUCACGCGACGACGCUUUCGUACUAUAUACGGUAGAAAAGACAAAAAAAAAGACAAAAAAAGACAAAACCUCGCGGAGAGUCACGGAGGAUGCAGCAGUGUUGGGUCACGCGGCUGCGGGGCGUGUUCGGCGAUAAUCAAACGAAUCGGUUAAACUGCGACAGAGGAAGGUCCGUGCAUCCGUCGUUGGGGAACCUUUCGAGCCGUUUUAGUUUCUUCUUCUGGUUCUCUUUCUCGUUUCUGUUGUCGAUCGGACAGAAAGUUGUCGGAAUUAUCGUGCGCAGUUUGGUCUCCCGUCUCGUUCGGCCUGCCGCGACACCGCGAGAACGUUCGAUCGGAAGCGGAUCCAACGAUCGAUGCACCGACACGAGGACUUCCGAGACCUGCGAGCAUGUCGCACAUGGAACCGUAGCGAACGACUUAUACCGAGAUAAUUAAAUAACACGGACGCAACUCACACGGAACGCAUCGUAAAUGCCAGAAGGCGUGAUCCGCCAUUCUCAUGACACACGUUUAACACACGUACACAUACGGUAUAUUAUGCAUAUAUAAACAGACACGCGCGUACACGUACAUACAGAACACAUACACAUAAACACAUAGAGAGAAAGAGAGAGAGAGAGAGAGACGCGUAUGAAAUACGGAUACACAUACGAGAGAAGAGUAUGAAAGGGAUGAAGGUGACUAGAGAUCACGUGUUCCUCGAUCCGCCGCGAAAACUCCUUAGAUUAUAGUAUUAUUAAAGAAAAAGGAAAAAAAAUGAAACGGCGUGCCCGUGUCCACCCAGCCUCCCUCGCUACUAGAGUAUUAUCUUACCUUUAUAUAAGCGACAUAGCAAUUGAAAUAAUAAUAAUAUUAAUAAUAUAUAUAUAUAUAUAUUAUAUAUAUAAAUAUAAACAUAAAUAAAUAAAUAAAUAUAUAUGGUGUCAGAGAGAAGUCUGACGACGAGUAAGAGGGAUGAUAUUUUAUCGAGGAGAUUUAGAUUUUGUAUUUUUCGCGCGUUUCGUCGACGGGACGACGGGUGGUCGGGGACAGCUGCACACGCCGGCCGGCAAAAGAAGUUAUUAUAAGAAUUAUAUAUGAAAAGAAGUAACAGACAAAAAAAAAGAGAGAAACAGGGGGAGAGUGAGAGACGUAAAAAAAGAGAGAGCGAGCGUGGUAAAGGGGGGGCGAAGAGACGACGGGGGCGUUAAGGGAAACAAAAUGUUUUAACGGCGGCGCAUCGCGGGAACGCGUGAACCGGCUCUCCUCUCGACCGGCUGAAAGAACGAGAACAAGAGAACGAAAGAAUGAAGUCGUCGACCGAUCUCCGCCAAUCGGACACGGCCGACCACUCCCGUAAGUGUAUUCUUCGAACCGUAGUAAUAAUCGAGUAAUAAUAACUCACACUUUCAAAGGAGGACUAAACGAUGUAUGUUUCACGUAGGGAUCGACGACCCGUCUAUUUAGCUUUUCUUUGAACGAACCGUCAUUAUAUAUGUAUAUAUAUAUAUACAUAUAUAUAUAUUCUAUCCUAUUGCAUGAUUACGUUACGAUAGAUGCGUACUCGGGCGCCUAUUAUACGUGUACACUGUACCGCACCCUCUCGACACGGGCCACGACGCCCGUCGUCUACCCGCGUCCUUCGAGAAAGGACGACCCACGAUGUAUUUUUAUUUUCUUUCUCGUUUCGUUUCGAACGAUGUGCCCCUUCUCGUCCUUCCUCGCGGACGCGCCUCCUCGGACGAUCCUCGCGUUUUCGAGCUCCCGAAGACGCGAGAUCCAUCCCCGACCUCGGCCGGGAGGGUGGCCGGUACGUGUCUCUCUAUGUUCUUCUAUGUUCCGAUUUCUCCCAUUUUGUUUUCUCGCCGAGAACGUCUCGUUAUCGUUCGCGGGAUCCCGCUCUCCGGAAGGAGACGAGAUGCUGAACGAUCGACCUUCAUCGCCCUCGAGCGCAACGAGCACGUUUUGACCCGUUUGUUUCGUAGGAUUUCAAGGAAAAGAAAUUAACCGAGGAACGAAACUGUACUAGUAGCCGUUAAGCGGGCCCCCGAGGAACAGUCCCUACGUUUGACGAUCCGACGGGCCCCUUUCUCUUAUUACAUAUAUAUUUUUUUUUAUUUAUGCUGCCUAGGAUUUCGAGUUUGAUUCUCUUUUUGUAUACACAUUCAUCGUUCUUCAUAUCUUCCCCCCCCCCUACGUCUUCUGCUUCUACUUCUACUUCAUCUUCUUCAUCGUCAUCAUCUUCUUCUGUUUCUACAUCUUCUUGUUUAUUUGUUUCGUUUUCUUUUAAUCGUCGAAACUUCUUGUCAAUCGUUGCCAUUUUUAAACGAAGAUAUGCUCAAGUCGCAGCUCCGAACAAGUCGAGGUGUAUUAUUAAUACAUAUUACAUAUAAAUAUAUAUAUUAUAUAUUGUACGCGUCAUCCAGUGUUCGAUGGAUGAUGGGAAAAGAGAGAGAGGAUAUUUUUUCGAUCGUUCGAGCCGCAGCUCUGUAAUAGCGGGUGUCUCGGUAGUUUCUCAGCCAGGCUCACCCCCUUCGAGUUAUAUUUUUUAACGCAUUUUUUUUAAUCGAUUGAUCUACCUUAUAUAUAUUUUUUUUACGAUAAAUUUCGUUGUUGGCGUCUUUGUCUUUGUCUGCCGUGUGUGUUUCUUUUCGAACGUUUUCGCACCCGCCCUCGAACCAUGUAACCCGCAGCCAGCUCACCUAUCGCCACUAUAGUGCACACACAUGCGCGCGCAUACACGUACACACACACACACACGCUCGUAUACCAAAACGGAUACCAUAAAAUCAUCAUUCUCAUUUCCCGCGUCGUUCUCAUCGUUUGGGAAAAUUACUGGACGAUCUUUCUUCUCGUCGAAAACGAGUCAAUCGAUCGAUCCAGACAAACAGAACGUACACACGAACAAACACAUACACACGCAUAUAUACGUUCAGAGACGCACGAACACGGACGUGCUCACAGACUGACUGUUCAUCCAAACGUACCAUUGCACGCGCGUGCACAACCGCAGGAUUGCGCGCGGGCACGCGGGCUGAGCAAAGGAUAAAACGCGUCAUAAGUAUACGCGCGAAUGUAUAUUCGUAUAUAUAUAAUAUAUUAUUUGUUACCAUAUUGAAGCAUCACUUAUCUCGAACCUACAGGCGUCUCCAGUGGACACGGCUGUGCACGGUAGCGCCACACCGUUCGUUAACGAUCGCGAACCUACGAUGAACGUGCUUUCACCGGCAUCGUUCAAAGACGAGUCCUCAUGGAAGUUGGACUAUAAACGAGGCACCACCGUGCUCGGACGUCAACACAAUAACACACACGAACACAGCCAUUUAACAAGCACGCGAGCUCAAAUACUGAUUGACAAACACGCUUGAACGCAAUCUGAAUCAAUCAUCCAGAAUUCAUACACACAUUCGUACAUGGACAGAUACACGCGCACGUACACAGGACAAAUCACACACAGACAUAAACAUACGAAUGGAAAAAAUCUUAUAUUUAUAUAUACAUAUAUACACAUA